AUCUAUUGAUCUGUGUUGUGUUGCUAAUUAAAGAUAGUAAUUAGUUGCUAAAGACAAAUUAGCAUAAUUUGCAAUCAUAUCUAUUUGACAAAAACAUGUGGAGGCAAGACUCACGAGGACGAGACCCCUGAGACAUCGGUCCACUCCGUAAUAAUAAAACUAAACUAGAACUGUAAGUUAAAUGGUUUAAACACUUAUUUAAAAUGAUUGGUUAAAAUAUAUAGUUGUUAUAUGAAUAGUUGACACAAAAUAAAUUGGGAAUUAAAAUUAGGCAAACAGACGCACUUGGCUAUGAUUGGUCAGCGAAGAGAAGGCACCGCCCACAUAAUGAAGAUAUUAAUCCCGCUGCCAAGCACGCAUCAAACUCUACCGGUAGCCUCUACCUUCUUGUAGAUUUACUAAUGAUUGUACAAGUGAGAUCACGCAAUUGCUACAGCAGCAAACGCAUGGAAGGCAACCAACAAAAAGUGGAGGCUAAUAUUUUAGUGCUUGGAGCUGAGAAAGUUGGAAAGUCUGCUCUUACCGUGCGCUUCCUAACGAGGCGGUUUAUUGGAGAAUAUGGAGAUAUAGAAUCAAUAUACAGCCACGCUGACCAGAUUGACGGGCGUGAUAUUUGUUUCAACAUCUGGGACUCACUUUGCCAGCAGAACGGUGAAGAAUCAGGGCACAUAAGUGACAGACAGCUGCAGUGGACAGACGGCUAUAUUCUUGUGUACAGCAUCUGUGACCGCACCAGCUUCAAUGUGGUGCAGGAACAAGUGCAGUGCAUACGACAAGCUAAGCAAAAACUGGCCAGCACAGCCCCGAUCAUCAUUGUAGGGAAUAAGAGAGAUCUCCAGCAUCUGCGAACUGUGUCCAGCGAAGAGGGCCGACUGUUAGCACGCUCAGCGGACUGUGGGUUUUUUGAAGUCUCAGCUGCUGAAACCUACCACAGUGUGCUGAUGGUGUUUCACGAACUGUUCGAACUGAUCCGAGAGGCAAGGGCGUUCAAGAAGGGCAACGCAGGGUUCAAAGGCAUCGUGAGGAGCAUGUCAGCUGUGUUUGGAAGAAAGCGGACUGAUUAGUUUUAUAUUUCCCCUUAAAGCGGUGGAUAAUUCAGGGAAAAACCCUUUAAGAAUCCAUAUUGGAAGGAAAAAACUGAUUAUUGAUCUGAAUGGGAUUUUUGCAAGUUGACAAUCUUAGCUGUUGUUGUGGUAUCAAAGUCUGAUCAGAAGCAAAAUCUCAAAUUCUGUUUGCGCUGGCACAUUUUUAGGCACAUUAGCACCCAUAAAUCAUUAUUAAAUCAAUAAUUUCAAACUUAGUUGUCUCUGAGUGCAAGAAAGCAUGCUUAUGAAAGUUCUAAGGAAUUUCAAACGAGACUUACACUCAGUCUACAUUCAGACUGUACAGUACAUUCUCUCUUGUACUGCUUUGUUUUAUUGCAGAAAGUAAGUGCAAUUGUUGGCUUGUUCCUUUCUAGCCCUUUGUCUAUGCAACUAUUUAAGACUAAAAUGUUGCUUCCAGCACAUGAUAAAUGUUAUUGAUACACUGUAGCGUUUAAUAUUUUUCAUAUAUAGCCCACAUAGGUCAUAUGUAAUGCUAGAAAUUCAAGACCUUUGUCUACAAAAAUGGAUAUACAGUACGUGCUGUAGUGAAUUAUGGCACUUUAAAAAGGUUUUCCACUUUUGCUCUGUUGAACUUACACUGAGAAUAAUGUGUUUUUAAAGUAGCUGUGUUUCAUUAGAGGUCCUUGGAUAAAUUGAUGAUACUUCCUGUUCAUGAUUUCCAAACACAGACUGUAGUAUACAAUGUUAGUUUAAAAGCUUAUGCUAAUAUUGUUUUAUAAUGAAACAUAAAA